AUGGCACACCAGCAAGCACUUACCAGCAUCAGCCAGCACAUCUCCAACCUCGAGACCAUCCUGACCGGCGCUGCAGCCUUAGCAUUAGCGAUCCAACCCCAUGCCGCCCCUCCGCACACCACAUCAGCAACUCCCUCGCGCAAAAAACCCCGCGCACCCAGCAUCCUCCAAACAAUGAAAUCCAACCUCGCCGCGCGAAAAGCCCUCGAAGCCUCUCAACGCGCAUCCCUCUCCGCCUUGAUCGAGACCUCCAUCGAACAGACAGAAUCCCUCCUCGAAUGGCCUAAGCCUCCCAAGAACGGCCAGCCGAGCGUUUUCGACACGGCGUUUAGGGCUUUGUUCGAGUUGAAGGAGGAGCAACGGAGGAGGAUCGAGGAGUAUGAGAGGCGCGCCAGGGUGUUGAAGAUGAAGUUGGAGAUUGCGAAGAUUGCGGUGAAGGCGCUGGGGCGGGAGGUAAGGGGGUUGAGGGAGGUGGUGGAGGGGGAUGUGGAUGUGGUGAUGGAGGGGUGA